GCCACAAGAUGGCGCCGCCUUCUCCUUGUCUCGCUAGGCCGCAUCCGAAACCGCCUCGCUGCUCAGAGGCCUCUCCAAGAUGGCGGCGGCCAUGAAGUGCGACGCCUGAGGAGAGCGGCCUGGUGCGCCAUGAGGCAACCGACUUCCCUCUCCGCAGCGCCUGUCAAAGGCCUGGGCCAGAGGAGACGAGGGAAGAAGCAGAAGCAGGCCGGGCGGUUACAGAAACUAGGGCUGGCCGUGCGGGAGUUCGUAGAGGCGGCGGCCGGGCCCGGCGUUGGCGGCGGCAGCCUCUCCUCUACCCGCGAGGCUCCACCGAAAUGGAGCGGCCGAAGGAACCGGCGGGAGCUGAAGCGAGAGAAGCGCAAGUUGAAGCGGGGUCGCCGCCGCCUGCUUCUCAACGGCAAGAGGGCCGUUGAGGGGCGAAACUCUCCGCCGCCGGGCAAAAAGCAGCAGCAGCCGCCGCCGCCGAAGAAGGAGGCGGCGGCGCUGCAGGCGCCGACCCUGGAGCCGAAGAAGCGUCUCUCCGCGGCCAAAGCCCGGCCGGAGCGGCCCAGCCCCGUUCCUUCGGCUGCAUCUGUAGCACGCAGACGGGCUCUGCUGGCCGCCAAUGAGGCUGAGGAGAGGGAGAUCCGGCGGCUGGAGAGGCAGCUGGGCCUCAACAAGCGUCGGAAGAAGCAGCAGGCUGGCCGCGGGGAAGCAGGCCUGCCUCAAAGCUUCGUCCGGGACGGGCUGGGGUACGUGCUGGGAGCGCUGGGCUCCGGGGCCGCCUUCUCGGGCCUGUACGAGAGCUGCGAGGGAGAGGAGGAGGAGGAGGUGGAAGGGAGGCCGGAGGAGGAAAGCCUGAGCGAGGAGGAGGAAGAGGAGGUGGAAGAAGUCGGCGAGGAGGAGGAGGAGGAGGCUGUUUUGGAUACAGAGGAGGAUGCAGGAAUCUCAGAAGAAUCCUGUGUGGACGAAGAAGUCGAGGCUGAGGAAGGAGAGAGAAAGCCCCAUGGUCCUAGAAGCCCAGAGGCAGCAGCCCUGGAUCCCUCAUCUCCCAGAGAGGAAAAGGAGAGACUUUGCCAUGUUGCAACAAAGUAUGUUCCCCCUCAGAUGCGAAAGUCUGAAGAGAUCAUGGAUGCAAAAAAGAGAGAAGAAUUAGAAAGGCUGAAGAAAGCGUUGAAAGGGCUCAUUAACAGGUUGAGUGAACCUAACGUGGCCUCCAUAAGCAGGCAGCUGGAGGAAAUGUACAUGGCAAACAGUAGAAAAGACAUGAAUGAGACCCUAACAGAUACCCUUACGAGUGCUUGUGUUGCGGCCUCAGUGAUGCCGUCCAGGUUGUUGAUGGAGCAUGUCCUUUUAGUUAGCGUCCUUCAUCGUACAGUGGGAAUUGAGGUUGGCGCUCACUUUUUGGAAACGGUGGUGAGGAAAUUUGAUGACGUCUACAGAAGCAAAGUGGAAGGGAAAGAAUGUGAAAACCUGCUUACCUUAAUUGCUCAUUUAUAUAAUUUUUAUGUAGUGCAUUCACUGCUGAUCUUUGACAUCUUAAAGAAGCUUGUUAGCACUUUUUCUGAACAGGACAUUGAACUAAUUCUGCUGCUGCUGAAAAAUGUGGGGUUUUCCUUGAGGAAAGAUGAUGCUCUGGCGCUGAAAGAGCUUAUCACUGAGACCCAGAAAAAAGCAAAUGCUGUAGGGAAGCAAUUCCAGGACCAAUCAAGGGUUUGCUUUAUGCUGGAGACGAUGCUGGCGCUAAAAAAUAAUGACAUGAGGAAAAUCCCUGGUUAUGAUCCUGAGCCGGUUGAAAAACUACGGAAGUUGCAGAGAACCCUGAUUCAUAACAGUGCUUCUGGGAAAGAGGCUCAGCUUCGUGUGUCAUUGGAAUCUCUCCUCAGUGCUGAUCAGGUCGGCCGAUGGUGGAUUGUUGGAUCCUCUUGGAGUGGAGCUCCAAUGAUUGAUAACUCCAGCAACAAAAUUCAACACAUACUGCCUACAGGAAUGGUGAGUUCAAAGAUUCUUGAGCUUGCCCGUAAGCAGAGAAUGAACACAGACAUCAGGAGGAAUAUAUUUUGUAUCUUAAUGACUAGUGAAGAUUUUUUAGAUGCCUUCGAAAAGCUUUUAAAGCUUGGUCUUAAAGAUCAGCAGGAGAGAGAAAUUGUCCACGUCCUUGUAGAUUGUUGCCUUCAGGAGAAGACUUACAACCCAUUCUAUGCGUAUUUGUCUGCCAAGUUUUGUGAAUAUGAUAGGAGAUUCCAGAUGACAUUCCAGUUCAGUAUGUGGGACAAAAUCAAAGAUCUGGAAAACCUGUCCAGUACUACCUUCUCCAAUUUAGUUAAUCUCUUAGCUCACCUUUUAAAGACUAAAUCUGUCUCCCUCGCUGUUUUCAAGGUCAUUGAGUUCAGUGAACUGGAUAAGCCAAAAGUCCAAUUUUUACGGCAAGCUUUAUCUACGCUGUUCCUGAAAACAGACCCAGAAGAUCUCUGCUGCAUCUUUGGAAAAUUGGCUGACAACCCCAGGCUUGGAAUGCUACACGAAGGAUUGAAGCUUUUCCUCACCCACUUCUUGCUGAAGAAUAUUCCAGUUAAGAAAAACGCUGCUGAAGCCACCCUGCUAAAAGAGCGAAUUGAACUAGUAAACAGAACUUUGAAAGCAAAAGAAUCAAGAUUAAAGUUAUAGCACCAUAAACGAUCAAGGACCUUUUUGUGAGAAGUAGGGGCUUAAUUGAAAGCCCCAUGAACUGAAUUUGACCAUCUGUAACUAAUGGGAGGCUUCCUAUGCAAUCCUAAACAGAGUUGCACCAUUCUAAUCACAUUGACUUCAGUACAUUUAGAAGGCUGCAACUCUGCUUAGGAUUGCUCUACUGAUGUUCCGGACCUUCAUGCGUGGAGCUGGAUUCCGUUUAAUAUUCAAACACAUUUGUAUUUAUUUUAAAGGUCUGCCCUUAUACAAAUGGUGGUAGUGGCCGAAUACAGAAAAAAUAAUAAUUCUUUAACCUCCUGUUUAUAGGGGGAAGUACAAGAAGAGAUCACUAGUGAAAGCUAAAUAACUUGUACAGCGUGUAUCUUUUUUAAUAAACUGGUUUGUAGUCUGA